AAUCCUUUAAAAUUUAAUUUUACUACUUUAAACCCUAUAAAUCUCAAUUUUCAUAAUAGUUCAUUGAGAUUAAAUUUAUUUAAAAAAUGAUUAUUUAUCCUAUUUCAUGAAAUGUUCAAUUUUCAUUGAAUCCUCAUCAUUUAUUUAUUUAUUUUAUUUAAUCUUUUAACUUAUUUUGAAAUUGCAAUAUUUGAACAAAAAAUUAAGUUGAAGGGUUAAUAAAUGAUUAAUUAAUGAAAGAAAGGGUUCCCAACUCAGAUUCCACUGAUGGAUUUAAUGUUCCACUCUUAGGUGAUGAUAACGGAGAAACUAGAUUUGAAAUCACGUGUUAUUCCAGGUCAUGUAAGGAUAUUUUUAUUAGGGAUAAAUUAAUAUGUUGUACAACUUGCAGAAGAUGUUAUCAUUCUGGCUGCAACAAACCUCCACUAAACUAUGAUAUUGUCAUCAGAUACCCUUGGCAUUGUAAUUCUUGUAAAAUAUGUGUAAAAUGUAAUGACAGUGAGUCUGGAGUGAGUAGAACACUGUUAAUAUGUGAUUCAUGUGACCGAGCUUUUCAUAUGGAAUGUACGAGGAACAAAUACACCGAAGUACCAAGUGGAAACUGGUUUUGUGAUGAAUGUCAGUACUGUAAAUCAUGCGACAUAAAAUUUUCUGAGCAAUCAAUAAUUACAGAAGGAUACGACAACGAGGGGAACAAGUUGUGUCAGUCUUGUAUGUUAAAAAGGAAGAGGGGCAAGGAUGCCGGUAUCAGCUACUGUUGUGUAUGCUCAAAGUCUAUAAACCCAAUUGGUAUUCAUCAGAAUAGGAGAGUGGUUUGCCAAAAGUGUUGUCAAAACGUGCACCCAAACUGCUCUCGUUUGGAGGAAAAAGCCGAUAAAUUUAGAGAGGGUGAAGAAUCUUGGAUAUGUAAUAAUUGCUAUAAAAUUUUAAUCUCAUUCAAAUAA